UAGUAUAGCUAAGAGAAGAGCUCCAACCGACCAGUUAGCUCCGUCCCCCAAGACAUUUUUGUAUCAGCCUCCAUCUCCCUAACUCCUCUCCUUCUUCUUCUUCUUCAUCUUCAUCUUCGACGUAAAACCCUAAACCCAGAAAUCAAUCAAGUCUCUCUGCCGCUUCACGCCUUGAUACGUCUCCAUCCUCCUCUCUUCUCAGGUGGAUACUGCUGCAAUGGGAAAAAAGAAGACAGAUGAAGCUGGUGCUGCCAUGAAGGGUAAGUCAACCGGAAAAGAUGCUUCUAAAGAUGGAAAGAAAGUGAAAGCACCAACAGUCUCUGCCAUGUUGGCCAACAUGGAUCAGAAACCUGAGAAGCCCAAGAAGGCAUCUUCCUCCAGUGCAAAGGCAAAAGUCGCUUCAAAACUUUCAUCCUACACUGAUGGUAUUGAUCUCCCUCCCUCUGAUGAUGAGGUGGAAGAGGAACAACAAUCCAAUCAGCAAAGGAGGUCAGAGGCUAAGACGCUUGAUGUAUCCAUAACAGAGAAAGAGUUAAAAAAACGUGAAAAGAAGGACCUUCUUGCUGCUCAUGCUGCUGAGCUGUCAAAGAAGGAGGCCCUGAGAGAUGAUCAUGAUGCUUUCACUGUUGUUAUUGGAAGCAGGGCUUCAGUACUUGAGGGUGAAGAUGCAGAUGCUAAUAUCAAGGAUAUAUCAAUAGAUAGUUUUUCUGUGGCGGCUCGAGGAAAGGAACUACUAAAGAAUACAUCAGUGAAGAUUUCUCAUGGGAAGAGAUAUGGUCUGAUUGGUCCAAAUGGGAUGGGGAAGUCUACCCUUCUGAAGCUUCUUGCUUGGAGGAAGAUUCCAGUACCAAAAAACAUCGAUGUUCUUUUAGUUGAACAGGAGGUAGUUGGUGAUGAUAGAAGUGCUCUGGAAGCUGUUGUUUCAGCUAAUGAAGAACUUGUCAAGCUCCGGGAAGAGGUUGCAGCAUUGCAGAAUUCAGAUUCUGCUCCCCGUGGUGAGGAAGAGGAUAGUCAUGAUGAUGAUGCAGGAGAGAAGCUUGCUGAGUUGUACGAUCAAUUGCAGCUGAUGGGAUCGGAUGCUGCUGAAGCCCAGGCUUCAAAGAUUCUUGCCGGUUUGGGGUUUACAAAGGAUAUGCAAGGCCGCCCCACUAAGUCAUUCAGUGGUGGUUGGAGAAUGAGAAUUUCAUUAGCUAGGGCACUUUUUGUGCAACCAACUCUUUUGUUGCUUGAUGAACCAACAAAUCAUCUCGACUUGAGGGCUGUUCUUUGGUUGGAGGAGUAUUUGUGCCGCUGGAAAAAAACUUUGGUGGUUGUUUCACACGAUCGUGAUUUCCUUAACACAGUGUGCACAGAGAUUAUUCAUCUACAUGAUCUGAAGCUCCAGUUCUACCGUGGAAAUUUUGAUGAUUUUGAAACUGGCUAUGAGCAGCGCCGCAAAGAGGUAAACAAGAAGUUUGAAAUUUAUGAUAAGCAGGUGAAAGCUGCCAGAAGGAGCGGAAGUCGGGUUCAACAGGAGAAGGUCAAGGAUCGAGCAAAAUUCUUAGUUAAUAAGGAAGCAUCAAAGAGCAAGGGCAAGGGAAAGGUUGAGGAGGAUGACACCCAAGUUGAGGCUCCUAAGAAGUGGAGGGAUUACAGUGUGCAGUUCCACUUUCCUGAACCUACUGAGCUUACACCUCCUCUCUUGCAACUUAUUGAUGUCAGCUUCAGUUAUCCGAACCGGGAAGAUUUCAGGCUGUCUGAUGUUGAUGUCGGUAUUGAUAUGGGUACUCGUGUUGCAAUUGUUGGACCUAACGGAGCCGGAAAGUCUACUCUGCUCAACCUUCUUGCAGGUGAUCUGGUUCCUACUGAGGGUGAAGUAAGGAGAAGUCAGAAGUUGAGGAUUGGUAGGUAUUCACAGCACUUUGUGGACCUCCUGACAAUGGAUGAAACCCCAGUUUCAUACCUUCUUCGUCUUCAUCCUGACCAAGAGGGAUUUAGCAAGCAGGAGGCUGUGCGUGCAAAACUUGGAAAGUUUGGACUCCCUAGCCACAACCAUCUGACUCCUAUUGCAAAAUUAUCCGGAGGACAGAAAGCUAGAGUUGUCUUCACAUCAAUAUCCAUGUCAAAACCCCACAUUCUGCUUUUGGAUGAACCCACGAAUCAUUUAGAUAUGCAGAGCAUUGAUGCACUGGCUGAUGCACUUGAUGAAUUCACCGGUGGGGUUGUACUGGUCAGUCACGACUCUAGACUUAUUUCUCGUGUGUGUGAUGAUGAAGAGAGGAGUCAAAUUUGGAUUGUUGAAGAUGGUACUGUGAAGAAAUUUGAUAGAAGUUUUGAUGAGUACAAGGAUGAGCUACAAAAAGCAAUUAGAGAUGAGGUGGAUGAGUAAGGUUUGCAGUAGAUGUAAAAUUUUGCUGAUCACUCACAUACAUAAAACAUGUUAUUGCUUUUGUUUUACUAUGAUUAUGUCGAUUGUAUAAGUUUUGGUUGCUGUGAUUGUAACAUUAGAUACUUUAAUACACCUUUGUUUAAUUGGUC